GCUCUUCAGUACACUACCUGGCGCUACGAGGUACAGGUGGGGGCCAGCGAGCUCUCUCUGUUUUCCUACUGGCAAGCGGAUCGUGUCUAUCUUAAAAGAACCUUCCUGUGGCUGCUCUUGCGUUCAUACUGUGGCAACUUCUCUGUUUCACUGCUUUUUUAGCCGCGGUUGAAGCUCAGGAGGAGCAGAGGCACUUUACAACACCACUCAGGUAGCACCAAUCUACCAGCAGGGCUCUGAUAACGCUGCUCUGGUGCGUUGAUAUCACCAGUGUCUCUCGUGGUAGCCUUCAAGCACAAACGUCAACGUGUGAUAGAACCACUGUUUGCAAGUCUUCAUUUUGCCACUCAACUUCCCUGAAGUACAGAAACUUCCACUUCCCUCUAGGACCACUUUCACUACUACCUCAGCUUCAGCCUUCACACACACCUUCUCUACUACUAAAACAACUUUCAACCGCUUGGUUUAUCUUCCUCGCUUCAAGAUGAGUUCGAAUGUGGACAUCCUGGUGGAUCGUUUCACCUGGAUCGACUACUUAGUGUUCUGUCUCAUGCUGGCGGUGUCAGCCGUCAUAGGUAUCUUCUACGGGUGCUUCGGCAAGAAGCAAGACACCAAAGAGUUCCUCAUGGCUGGCAAGUCUAUGACCACCUUCCCCGUGGCUAUGUCUCUCAUUGCCAGCUUCAUGUCUGCCAUAACACUGCUGGGGACGCCGUCUGAGGUCUAUCAGUUUGGAUUCAUAUACUGGCUUAUAGGCUUCUCCUACAUCCUGGUGAUGCCAGCCGCUGCCCAUCUCUACUUUCCAGUCUUUUAUAAGCUCCAGGUUACCUCAGCGUAUGAGUACCUGGAGAGACGCUUCCACAGGGCAGUGAGAUGGCUGGGAUCCUGCGUCUUCAUUAUCCAGAUGUCGCUGUACAUGGCCAUCGUGGUGUACGCACCAGCUCUCGCUCUGGCCCAGGUCACCGGGCUGGAUGUAUACAUCUCCGUCAGCCUCAUCUGCUUUGUGUGCAUCUUUUACACGACGUUGGGAGGCAUGAAGGCAGUCCUCUGGACGGACGCACUCCAGACACUCAUCAUGUAUGCCAGUAUGAUGUUCGUCAUCAUCAAGGGUGCUGUUGAUGUGGGUGGAUUCGACGCCGUGUGGGAGAAGAAUGCAGAGAGUGGCCGGGCACAGCUCAUUGACUUCGAUCCUGAUCCCACCACCAGACAUACCUUCUGGACGCUCAUCAUCGGCGGGUAUUUCACCUGGAUCACCAUUUACGGCGUCAACCAGGCACAGGUCCAGCGAUACCUUAGCGUCCAGACAAAGCAAAUGGCAAUUAACGCCCUGUGGAUCAACCUGGUUGGGCUGCUUGUGCUGAUGAUCACCUGUUCUUUCGGCGGAAUGGUUGUGUACGCCAAGUAUUUUGAUUGUGACCCCAUCCGCGCCGGUAUUGUCACCAAGGGAGACCAACUCUUCCCACUCUUUGUCAUGGACACCCUCGGACAGUGGCGUGGACUCCCAGGACUGUUCGUCUCUGGCAUAUUUGCCGGUGCCCUCAGCACGGUGUCUUCUGGAAUGAACUCCCUGGCGGCCAUCGUGUUGGAGGACUUCGUCAAGGGCGGGUGUUACCCUGGCAUCUCCGACAAUGUAGCUACUUGGGUCUCACGAGGCCUCUCUCUCUUCUUCGGUCUCCUCACUUUUGGCCUAGUCUUCGUAGCGGAGCAGCUCGGCAAUGUUUUAUCUGCGGCGCUCAGCAUUUUCGGCAUGGUUGGAGGUCCUCUGCUGGGAGUCUUCACCCUUGGCAUGUUCUUCCCCUGGGCCAAUGCCUACGGAGCCUUCAUUGGUGAAGUUAUCAGCUUGAUCUUCAUGUUCUGGAUUGGAAUCGGUCACCAGGUGGCAAGGUCCAAUGGUCAGAUCAGGCUGGAGGCCAUGCCUACCAGCAUAGACGGCUGUGUUAACAUGACCAUCAUUGAACCAACAUUCCUGCCUACACCUGAGCCUGAGGAGGCGCUGGGCUUGUACCGCUUGUCCUACAUGUGGUACUCUGCGACUGGCUGCUUCACUGUGAUCAUUGUGGGUCUGCUGGUGACGCUGGUGACUGGAAAGCAGGACGUGAGGGCCAUCGACCCUCGUUGUCUCUCACCCGCUGUCUUGUGGUUCAAGAAAUGGCUCCCAGGGCUUGAUGGUCUUGGUGAAGACUACAUUAAUGAAGAGGAAGGACUAAAGGAGAAUCAGAGUUCUAGCUCCCUGGGCAGUACUAAUCCCGCCUUCAACUCAGAUAUGAUGGAAAAGACAUUCAAUGAGUUUGUGCAAGAAAAAGAAUGCUCAAAACUUUAAGAUAAUCAUUAGUUUCCCAAGGAAAUUUUCUGAUGUUUAUGGAAUGCAGCAGAGGACAGUAAGUAUACUUGUCUACCAUACAACCAUAGCAUUAAUUAGAUCACCAAGCUUACAUAAGGCAUAUUGUGGAGUAUGUAGUGUUCCUGACACAUGUUUUGGUUGGAAAUACAAAUGUAUUCCUUGUUAGUUUUAAAUUUUAACUGGACAUAAUUGCCUGUGAUUUUUAUAAGGAGUUUAUGUAUGUAAACAUGUGAUCUCGAUAGACUAUAUAGCUUUACUGUAUUCUGCUGUUCUAGAACUUACUUGAAAUUGUACGUCAGCAUUGCAUGAAUCAAACACACACCAUACAUAACUGGUUCUAAAAUGUUUGAUGCACAAAGAAUGAAAGGUUACCAUAAACUCUUAAAUGCUGCACAUGAUAAGUCAGUUACAACCUGCUAAAUAUAUUUUACAGCCUUGAUAAAUUAUUUAUUCUUAUUUCACAAUCAUUCGUUCAAAUUGAUGAUAAUCUCUAUAUAAACUGCUUAAUAAUACAGAGUACAUUUUUUUAACUACUGCGAUUAGCUAUUUUUUUUGUAUGCAAAUUAUAAUUGCAGCAGUGCCCCUUUAUGCAUUUGAUACAGGUUAGGCUAGGUAAGAUUUGUCAUUAAACAAGAUAAGUGUUUCCUGACGCGGGUCUUAGUUAUAUGAUGACCCGCAGCUGGAGCUUUUGUUCAUCUGACCGAGGCCUUCCGCUGGCUUACCGGUCCACCCAUUUAAAAACUGUUAUAAUUAUAACCAUUUGAUGUACAUUUGAUGCAGACUUGGAUUUAUGAAGGAUGAGGUUAAUCAUAGAAUUGAUGAAGGAAAAAAGGUGAGUGGUGCGUUGAGGUAUAUGUGGAGUCAAAAAACGUUAUCUAUGGAGGCAAAGAAGGGAAUGUAUGAAAGUAUAGUAGUACCAACACUCUUAUAUGGAUGUGAAGCUUGGGUGGUAAAUGCAGCAGCGAGGAGACGGUUGGAGGCAGUGGAGAUGUCCUGUUUAAGGGCAAUGUGUGGUGUAAAUAUUAUGCAGAAAAUUCGGAGUGUGGAAAUUAGGAGAAGGUGUGGAGUUAAUAAAAGUAUUAGAGGGCUGAAGAGGGUUUGUUGAGGUGGUUUGGUCAUUUAGAGAGAAUGGAUCAAAGUAGAAUGACAUGGAGAGCACUUAAAUCUGUAGGAGAAGGAAGGCGGGGUAGGGGUCGUCCUCGAAAAGGUUGGAAGGAAGGGGUAAGGGAGGUUUUGUGGGCGAGGGGCUUGGACUUCCAGCAGGCGUGCAUGAGCGUGUUCGAUAGGAGUGAAUGGAGACGAAUGGUAUUUGGGACCUGACGAUCUGUUGGAGUGUGAGCAGGGUAAUAUUUAGUGAAGGAAUUCAGGGAAACUGAUUAUUUUCAUAUAGUCGGACUUGAGUCCUGUAAAUGGGAAGUACAAUGCCUGCACUUUAAAGGAGGGGUUCGGGAUAUUAGCAGUUUGGAGGGAUAUAUUGUGUAUCUUUAUACGUAUAUGCUUCUAAACUGUUGUGUUCUGAGCACCUCUGCAAAAACAGUGAUUAUGUGUGAGUGAGGUGAAAGUGUUGAAUGAUGAUGAAAGUAUUUUCUUUUUGGGUCACCCUGCCUCGGUGGGAGACGGCCGACUUGCUGAAAAAAAAUACUUACAGUAGUAAUAUCCCACGGAAUAAUUAGUAUUAUGAUAUAUUUAUUGAUUUCAAAUGUUAUAUAACUAUUGGUAGGUGUAAAAAUCCCAUAGUUCUCAUUGGUGGUAGGGCAAAGAUAUUUAUUUAUAUAUUUUUAUAUUUUAAGGAACUUGCACAUUUUAAAAUAUAGCAUUAAAAUGUAUUUAUAUAUUUUAAAAACAAACGUGUAUAAAUACAUUUUUUUUUUGUUCGUGUUAGAAAUUUUGUAUUGCAGAGAGUAAACAAAUUAUAUACACUACUGCAUUAUAUGAAUCUUGUGUAGCUGACAAUUAUUUCAGAAAGUACAUUUGUCCAGUCCGUGGACGUUGUAAUUCCCGAACACCCGGAAACUGUGCUUAAGGCAGUGCAUAAUUCCAAUAGGCCUCCCAAAAGAGUACAUAUAUGAAAUGCACAGACCUAAUAAAAAAAAUUGAAUGUGCAGACCCAGUUAACUGCCUGAUUCGAUGGAUAACAUUCAUUUCUACUGCAUCACAACAGUAGGAUGAUAUGGCCGGAGAAGAGUUGCACAUAGUUUGCAUACAUCGGCGCAUCUGAUCACAAGACUUUCACUGCUACACAGUAUCCCGACAAAGAAAGGUAAAGAAUAGCCUCACAUAUCUGCCAGUGGUAGAAGCUCAUCCCUCAUCGGCAGCUUUCACAUCAGCCUGGGUUUAGCAAUAGUUUCGUGAAGAAGCUGAUGUUCCAUGAACCUCCAGAGAAAAGACUGUUGGACUGUUGGCAAGUGGAGUAAGGACAAAGCUGGGAAUUCUUACUGUGGGAAGAAAGCAACAACAAUAAUAUUAUAAUCAAACUAAGCGCUACAAGAAGGCAAAAAGAAGACAGACUGACAUGAGGCAUUAUCAUUUUCGAACACAAUAUUUCAUCUAUAGAUAGACUGGGUGAAACCUUAUCUAAAUUAAACUUUGAAAAUAUAAUACUGCUAAUUUGAUAAAACAUAUGAAAGCUAAGAAUUUAUAUGUACAGGAGGGGAGGGGGGCUAAAGCACCCCAGAUUCAAAUACCUUUUUAAUUGCAAAUUUUCACUGUAUUGUAUUGACCAUUAACCACGAAAGCACGAUAGUCCAAGAAAUUUUACACAUACUGAAAAUCAUAAGUUUUUAAAGACGAUUUUUUGAGCAUUUUACGACUUUAAAGUUACUCCCCGGAUUGAAAUUCAGGCUGCGCUACUGACUAAAACUGUUUAAAAUCUCCCUGGACUAAGGAAAAUGUCUCAAGACGAUAAUUUUUUUUUUAUAAUUUCUGUCUUCAUAAUAGAAAGUAGAUUUGCAGCAGAAACUACUUGAAGUCACCUAAUUUCUUACAUAUGCAACUUUCUUAAGAUAAUUUUGAGGGGAAGUAAUAGCCAACCAUUUCUCGGUGCACCAUAUAUACUGGAUAAUCAAGACAACGUGAAUUUAUAGAACACAAAUGUUUGAUAAUAAAUUUACUUACAUUUUUUGAAAUUGUUGUCGGUUACACUGACAAGGCUUUCCAAGUUGUCAUGUACAUAUACACUUUAGAUAUUUAGCAGUGUUACAGACAAAAAGAAAGACUUGGAAAAUUCAAGGUCGCUGGAUUACUAGCAAAAUUUCGUAAUAAGAGGUUCAUAAAUAGAGAAUCUGAUAUGAAUGUCUGAAGUACCACAAAAAAUCCAUUCUGAAGCUAACCUUGUUUGUGAUAAUUGACAGAUAAAAAUACUAUCUUAAAUCACAAUAAAUUUUCUGUGUCGAUAAUGAAGAUUCCUUGUAUAAAGAUAAACAUUGAAAAAAGCAUAAUGAUCCAAAACAAAUUUGAAUGCUAUUCACUAGAGAAAUUUAGCACUAGCAUGAAACAAUGCAAACUGUCUUGCUGCCUCCAAGAAAUGAUCCAUGGCAUAACAGUCCACGAGUCCUUAAAAAGCAGCGCAGCAAGUGAGUGGGAGUAACACUGUAAUAAUAAUGGAACACAAAUAUAUGGACAAGAAAACUGUCAUCCAGCUCUACGAAUUCCUUAUACGCUCCCAGCCUUCACUGGCCUUAAUGCCGGUGAAGUGAUCUUGAUCCAGUGAAUUGGAGACACCCUGCACUUUAAAACUCGCUUCUGUCUAUCCUCGGGAGAUUUAUGACCCCUACGGAUUUAGCACUUACCCAUAAAUGUGUACUAUAUAUAUACGCCCGGACUCUGCUGUUAUUCACACAUGGAGAUGACACCUACAAAACCUAACAAAACAAAAGCAUUGUCUUAAAGAAAACUUCAACAUAACAUACAAGGUACAAGUAUUCGCUAGACUGCAGUGUAGGAUACAUAGUAAGAAAGUCUUCUACCAGUGAGUGGCAGCAAACCCAUGAAACAACAGUCUUCCCACAAGAUAUGUAGAAUUAUGCAAUAUUCACAGGAAAAAAAAAGGCUACAUCAGUAGGAGCUUUUAGGAGCUCCAGAUUUGUUGAAGGAAUAACUGUUCUACAGCUCACGGUUCUGAAAAAAAAAUUACCAGGAAAGAUGGAGAUGACUUACACAAACCACACUGUCCUCGACGACGUCACUACAGAUGUGGCUAAUUUUUAGUACACACUUUUCUUUGGAAGUUAAAUUAGGGUGCAAAGCUGUGCCCAAAUGAACGUUAGUACAGUACUCUCAUAUCCUUGUACUUUUAUAUUAUUUAUAAAACGUAUUUUGUAUAGUAAGACCUGUGAUAGCAGCAAUGUUACUGCGGCAGUGUAUUUUAAAAACAGUAUGUUAAAUACUGUUUAACUAUUCGAUGUCAAGUGCAGUAGUUUUAAGUGUUAGAUUAGUCUACCUAAAAUGCUCUACAUAACCAGGGGCUUUUCAAUGUGUAUUAAACAAAUAUCAAUUAACUUAGAAACUUACGUACAUUUUGAAAAUAAAAUUUGUUUAGUAAAUUAGAUUCCUAAUUAUUAAAUCCUAGUUAUUAUAUAUUUGUUGUUUAAUUGUGUAGUUCAUUACCACUUACAUUUUUUGGUACAAAAUGUAUUUGCAUGGAAACAUUUUGUAGGUACACAUACUUAUACAUGAAAAAAAAACGUUGCGAAUAUACAUAAAAGCUCACAGAAUGUUUUAUAGAUUAUCAGUGCACACACAAUGUUAACAUAUAUUUGGAUAAGAGACAUUCCGUCGAAGAGACAAUGUGAAUACAAACACGGGUGUAGCAGUAAUAAUGGAGUGAAGAGAAUAAAAGUAAGCAUUUGAAUUACUGUAAAUGUGUAUGAUUGUAUUCAUUGUUGCACAGGAUACAUGUUUCAUGGCUGUAGAUACUUUAUCAAACUCGUGUAUAUAGAAACAGAGACGAAGGGCUAAGAAGUAUUACAAAAAUUGUAGGGAUAUUAAAGAAAUUUUUUAAUGUAUUUUUUAUUUACUUUUUUGGAGAAAGACAAAUUCUUACAACUUUGUAUCAAGAAAUUAGAAUUUGUUUCAUAGACUGAGAUGACUCGAACUUCAAAUGAUAAAGUAUGUAAAGAAUAAAAAGUCACAACCCGUGACUGGAACAUUGCACAAAUAACCCUCAUAUAAGAGAGAGAAAGAGAGAAAUUUAUGACGUUUCGGUCCAACAUGGGCCAUUAACUAGUCCAAGUCGGACCGAAACAUCGUCAUAAGUCUUUCCACUAUAUGCAGGUUAUUUGUUGAUAAAUAUGUAUAUGCAUAUAUAGUAAUAAGAGUUGUGAGGUAACUGGGAUACUUUGAUACCGCAUCAUUGUACUGUAACUUUGUGAUGGUGAGUGGACCAACUUCUUUAAGUCAUUGUCAGGAAGAUAUUUCACAAUGUUCCGCAUUAUUUAUCACAAGUGUGAUAUGAUCACUCAGUUACAGUAUGUCACAAUGUUAGGUUAGGUUAGGAGAAUUACUGGACUACCAGUUAGAUCUGUGGCAUCGGUGAAUUGAAAUAAAUUCACCAGUUAUAUUUUUAUCGGAUUCCAUAUUAUUUUAAAGUGAGAGUAUCUUAAUUUUUUCUACAAUAUAUCUCAAAAAAUAUACUGCAUCUUAAAAAAAUAAAUGUUAUAUACUUGACAUUCAGAGCAUCGUAUCUUUCAUAUACUUAAGCCGUUAUUUUAUUUUAUUUCAUUCGAUUACCAUAAGUAGUGUGAAGUUUAGAUACAGAUUAUUUUAUAAAUCUUCAAAUAAUGCGUUUUAAUAAUUUUAUUAGGUAUGAUAGGAUUAUCUUUGGCAUCUAACCAGGAAGUUCUCACAUCAAUGUAAAUAUAUAUUAUAAUCUAACUUAAAUCAAAACAAACCACUUUGAAGAGAAAAUGGCAUUAUACUGUAGUUCUGUAUAUCAAUUUUUUUCUUCAUAAUACUUGACACUAUUAUUGUUAAGUUCAAAAUCAAUAUAUAUUUCACGAUACAAUGUGCGUGAAAGUUUCUAUUGGUGACCGUACUACAAGUUGUGGAGUUUAGAGGUGUCCCGUACUACAAGUUGUGGAGUUUAGAGGUGUCCCGUACUACAAGUUGUGGAGUUUAGAGGUGUCAGUCUUCAGCAGACAACAUACUAACUGGUGUUGGUAUGUUACCUGCUGAGCGGUAUUACUUGAUAAAGCUCUACACAACGGACACAUUGUUCCCAUAAAAACUUGUUUUGAAACUUGCCUCCACCUUCAUUAGAAUAUAUUCCUACAGUUUUAAUUCCCUUUUAUUUUUAUAAGUGUGGAGUUCAUUUUAUACAAAUAUAUAAUGUACUGUGCUUGUUUCCUCAUAUGUAAUAUUUUUAAUAAAAUUGUCCAUUA